UUCUCUGUCUGUUCCUUUUUCCUCGUUCUCUCCGCCCCUCUCUCUCUCUCUUAACCCAAACAUUAAACAUUAAACACAAACCUCGCCGCCACCGCCACUACAACUAACCUUCUCUCUCUUUCUCUCUCUCCUCGCCACUACCACAAUGUCAGUGUCACACUCCCUCCAACUCCAAUUCCAACUGGUGUCAACCCCACCAUACACCGCACACACCCGCCUCCCAAGUUCCAAACUUUCCUUCCACCGUCACUCAGAUCGGCGAUUUGCCACCAACCACCUCAGCAUCCGCGCUUCCUCCACUUCCGAAGUGUUGGUCUCCGACAACAACGGAGUGGGUCCAGGGUUGUCCUCGGAUUUGAGCUCCAUUGAGGUGGAUGCUGUCACUGAGACAGAGCUCAAGGAGAAUGGCUUCCGCAGCACGAGGAGGACGAAGCUUGUGUGCACCGUUGGACCCGCCACGUGCGGCUUCGAGGAGCUGGAGGCUCUGGCCGUUGGAGGCAUGAACGUGGCGAGGAUCAACAUGUGCCAUGGCACAAGGGAAUGGCAUAAGACCGUCAUCGACCGUGUCCGAAGACUCAACCACGAAAAGGGUUUUGCUGUUGCUAUCAUGAUGGACACUGAAGGGAGUGAGAUUCACAUGGGUGAUCUUGGUGGUGCUUCCUCUGUCAAAGCUGACGAUGGUGAGAUUUGGACUUUCAGUGUUAGAGCCUUUGGUUCAACUCUCCCGGAGCACACCAUCAAUGUAAAUUAUGAUGGUUUUGCUGAAGAUGUCAAAGUUGGGGAUGAUCUAUUGGUGGAUGGAGGAAUGGUUAGGUUUGAGGUGAUUGAAAAGAUAGGUCCCGAUGUUAAGUGCCGUUGUACUGAUCCUGGAUUGUUGCUGCCGAGAGCCAAUCUCACAUUCUGGAGGAAUGGUAGUUUGGUACGAGAAAGGAAUGCCAUGCUCCCUACAAUUUCUUCAAAGGAUUGGUUAGACAUUGAUUUUGGUAUUGCUGAGGGUGUUGAUUUCAUUGCUAUUUCAUUUGUCAAGUCUGCUGAAGUUAUUACUCAUCUUAAGAGUUAUAUUGCUGCGCGAUCUCGUGAUAGUGAUAUUUCUGUCAUUGCAAAGAUAGAAAGUAUCGACUCAUUGAAGAACUUGGAGGAGAUAAUUCAAGCGUCGGACGGAGCUAUGGUGGCACGAGGAGACUUGGGAGCUCAGAUACCUUUGGAACAGGUUCCAUCUGCUCAACAGAGGAUUGUUCAAGUUUGCAGACAGAUGAAUAAGCCUGUCAUUGUUGCCUCUCAGCUACUUGAAUCCAUGAUUGAGUACCCUACGCCUACAAGAGCUGAAGUAGCAGAUGUUUCAGAAGCAGUCAGGCAACGAGCUGAUGCUUUGAUGCUUUCUGGUGAGUCAGCCAUGGGCCAGUACCCUGAGAAGGCCUUAACUGUUUUAAGAAGUGUCAGUUUGAGAAUUGAGAGGUGGUGGAGGGAACAGAAACGCUAUGAAGCUAUGGCACUCCCAUCAGUUGGGACUUCAUUUUCAGAAAAAAUAUCUGAAGAAAUCUGCAAUUCAGCUGCAAAGAUGGCCAAUAAUUUAGAGGUGGAUGCGCUUUUUGUUUACACAAAGACAGGCCACAUGGCAUCUUUGUUGUCACGUUGUCGUCCUGACUGCCCAAUCUUUGCUUUUACAACCACUCCUUCUGUGCGUAGGCGUUUGAACCUUCAGUGGGGCUUGAUACCUUUCCGUUUGAGCUUCUCCGAUGAUAUGGAGACCAAUCUCAACAAAACCUUUUCAUUGCUUAAGGCCAGAAAUCUGAUCAAAUCAGGUGACCUUGUUAUUGCUGUCUCAGAUAUGUUGCAGUCAAUACAAGUGAUGAAUGUUCCUUGAGAAUGUUUCAUUUCUUCUGAAAGCACGCUCUCUCUAUAUAUUGCCCUUGGUUCAAAACUUGGGUUGCUGCUAGAGUGUUUAAAUGGAGCACACCCACUACAUGAAUGAAUUCUGUCAUUCUGUCAUUUUAAAACUAAAGGAUGCAACUAAACUUUGGUUGAAUUUAUGUUUAUGCUACUGGUGUUCUUUAUUGUAGUGCAUACAUGUUAUACACCUUCAAGGCCUACAUAUCUUAUUGCAGUUGAGUGAGGAAAUAUAUUACAAUAUUUACCCUUGUAAGUUAUAAGGAAAAUCUGAAUUUUCUAUGUUAUAUUGUAUCAUUGCAUUAGCUUUUUUAACUUGCUUAUUGUGUAAAACAUGAAGUUUCAAUAAAGAUUCCACAGCAGUCAGUAUGGGACCGUGUCAGAU